AUGUCUAGCGCUAAUAUUGCCUCGCAAUUAGAGAAAUUAUCGAUUUCCAAGGUCCCCGCUUUGGAGGGAUCAUUCCCUGACUACAAUGUCGUCGACGUGAUGAGAAACUACAUUGCUACUGAACUUUCCAAGAUCUCUGGUGUCGACUCCUCCUUGAUCUUCCCAGCUUUGGAAUGGACGAAUACCAUGGACAGGGGUGAUCUUUUGAUUCCAAUCCCAAGAUUGAGAAUUAAAGGCGCCAAUCCCAAGGAAUUGGCCGUCGAAUGGGCUGAGAAAUUUCCAUUGGGAGAAUUUUUGAGCAAAGUUGAAGCCAAUGGUCCAUUCUUGCAAUUCUUCUUCAACCCACAACUUUUGAUGAGUGUCGUUAUCCCAGACGUUUUGACUAGAGAAGAACAAUACGGUGCCUGCCCGCUAGUCGAAAAUAAGAAAGUUAUCGUCGAAUUUUCUUCUCCAAAUAUUGCCAAACCUUUCCACGCUGGUCACUUGAGGUCCACUAUUAUCGGUGGCUUUUUGUCCAACCUAUAUGAAAAAUUAGGUUGGGAAGUCACCAGAAUGAACUAUCUUGGUGACUGGGGUAAACAAUUUGGUCUAUUGGCCGUAGGUUUUGAAAGAUACGGUAACGAGGAAGCCCUAGUCAAGGACCCAAUCCAUCAUCUUUUUGACGUUUACGUCAAAAUCAAUAAGGACAUUGAAGCUGAAGGUGAUUCUUUACCCUUAGAAGAAUCAACGAACGGUAAAGCCCGUGAAUACUUUAAGAGAAUGGAGGAUGGGGACCCAGAAGCUUUGAAGAUCUGGAAAAGAUUCCGUGAAUUCUCCAUCGAGAAGUACAUUGAGACGUACGCUAGAUUGAACAUCAACUACGAUGUCUACUCUGGUGAAUCGCAAGUUUCGAAGGAAUCUAUGCAGAAGGCACUAGAUUUGUUUAAGGAGAAAGAUCUAAUGCACGAGGACAAAGGUGCUAUGCUAAUCGAUUUGACUAAGUUCAACAAGAAACUAGGUAAGGCGAUUGUCCAGAAAUCUGACGGGACUACUUUGUACCUAACCAGAGAUGUUGGUGCUGCGAUGGACCGUUACGAAAAGUACAAGUUCGACAAGAUGAUCUACGUGAUUGCCUCGCAGCAAGAUCUACACACUGCCCAAUUCUUCGAAAUUUUGAAGCAGCUUGGUUUUGAAUGGGCCAACAGUUUGCAACACGUUAACUUCGGUAUGGUGCAGGGUAUGUCCACCAGAAAGGGUACUGUUGUCUUUUUGGACAAUAUCUUGGAAGAGACCAAGGAAAAGAUGCACGAUGUCAUGAAGAAAAACGAAGCAAAGUACGCACAGAUCGACAACCCAGAAGAAGUUGCCGACCUUGUUGGUAUAUCCGCUGUUAUGAUCCAGGAUAUGCAAGGUAAGCGUAUCAACAACUACGAGUUCAAGUGGGAGAGGAUGUUGUCCUUUGAGGGUGAUACAGGCCCAUACUUACAGUACGCUCAUUCCAGAUUGAGAUCCGUGGAGAGAAAUGCUAAGGAUAUCACUCCAGAGGACCUACUAAAAGCGGACUUCUCCGCCUUAACGGAACCAGCUGCCGAAUUGCUUGUCAGAAUCUUGUCUCAAUACCCAGACGUCUUGAGAAACGCCAUCAAGACGCACGAACCAACAACGGUGGUCACGUACCUGUUCAAACUGACCCACCAAGUCUCUUCGUGUUACGAUGUCUUGUGGGUUGCUGGUCAGACCAAAGAACUGGCCACCGCACGUUUGGCCCUGUACGCCGCCGCAAGACAAGUUUUGUACAACGGGAUGCGUCUACUAGGUCUGACCCCAGUCGACAGAAUGUAA